AUGGCUUCUGUCGCAGUGGGCCUCGACCGUACUAGGCUCUUGAAGCCGCUUAUCGUUCUGGCUGGAUGGACCUUUGUACAGGAGGCCUGGAUGUACGCAACGCGUCUUCCCGCCAUCUCGAAGUACAAUGUCAACCCCGACCAGGAGACCAUCAGCGAUGAGAUGAAGACCAAGAUCCCCAUUGAGGUUCGUCGCAUUGCUGACAACUACAACCACCUGCACGAGCAGCCAACUGUCUUCUACUCUGUCGCCAUCGCCCUUACUCUGCUCGGCGACAACCACGAAUACACUUACCUCGCUGCUUGGGGCUACACUGGACUGAGAAUUGUUCACUCUCUGUUCCAGAGCUUGGUCAAUAAGGUGUUCACGAGAUUCUACAUCUUCGCCAGCAGCUCGAUUGUGCUUGCCGGUCUUACUGGCCGUGCUGCGACAUUGCUCUUCUGA